AUGAGGAUGAACCACCCACAAGAAACGCCAAAGGGCAUGAACAAGAAAAGACCAAGGAAUCCUAAUCCCUUGGCAAAAGAUAAGAUUUGCUUGCAGUUUUUAGAUGGCAAGUGUAAAUUUGGAGAUAAAUGCUACUAUUCUCAUGACUUACAGAUCUUAAUAAAACAUCGUCAGCCAGAUAUUCCUGGAAAGUGCAGAAACUUUGAGCUGUAUGGAAAUUGUCCUUACAGCAUUACAUGUAGAUUUGGCAAACAGCAUCUCACUGAGGAUUUUAUAAAUGUUACAAGAGAAUGUUGCAAUGGAUCAUACAAUGAUCAAAUCAUGAAUAUUUUAAGUAAAUCUUUGCAAGUUAAACUAAGGAAAAACAAUUUAUUUCCCAAAUCUGAUGAUUACAUAAAGCAGAUAAAAGAAUCAAAGGUACAAUCUCAAGAUAAUGAUCAAACUGUACAGACUUUGGGAGCUUUCACAAAUGAGAAUGUGAUAAUGAUGAAGCCUGCAGAAAAGAAGAAGAUUGAUUUCUCUGGCAAGUUAUAUUUGGCUCCCCUUACAACAGUUGGUAAUUUACCCUUCAGAAGAUUAUGCAAGUCUCAUGGAGCAGAUGUUACAUGUGGUGAAAUGGCUAUGUGUACUAAACUUCUCCAGGGUACGCUUUCCGAGUGGGCCUUAAUAAAGCGCCACUCAUGUGAAGAUAUAUUUGGUGUCCAGCUCUGUGGAAGCUUUCCCGAUACUAUGAGUAAAUGCGCCGAACUAUUGCAAGACCAGGCUGAAAUUGAUUUUAUUGAUGUUAAUGUUGGAUGUCCCAUCGAUCUGGUCUUUAAUAAGGGAGCGGGUUCUGCUUUGAUGGAAAGAUCAAGACGCUUUGGAGAAAUCGUUUGUGCAAUGAACCACGUCUUGGAUAUUCCUCUUACUGUAAAAAUGAGAACAGGCGUUCAUGAUAAAAAGUGGAAUGCUCUUCAACUUAUUCCUAAAAUCAGAAAUUGGGGAGCCUCCCUUGUGACUUUACAUGGUAGAUCACGUGAACAACGCUAUACUAAGUCAGCAGAUUGGAAUUAUAUACAUCAGUGUGCUCAAGCCGCUUCCCCAAUGCCUUUGUUUGGAAAUGGGGACAUUUUUUCAUUUGAGGAUGUGGAGCGACACAGACAGGAAACUGGAGUUUCUGGAGUCAUGAUAGCAAGAGGGGCUCUGAUAAAACCGUGGAUUUUCACGGAAAUUAAAGAAAAAAGACAUUGGGAUAUAUCCUCAACAGAGCGAUUAGAUAUUGUCAAAGAAUACGUGAACUACGGUUUAGAGCACUGGGGAUCUGAUACCGAGGGUGUUGAAAGGACAAGGCGUUUUCUUUUAGAAUGGUUAUCAUUCCUAUACAGGCAAGUAAUUUAUAUAUAUUCCGUUGGAUUACUUGAGAGACUACCACAACAAAUCAAUGAAAGACCUCCACCGUAUUUUGGACGAAAUGAUUUGGAAACACUGUUCGCGAGCAAUAAGUGUGAAGAUUGGGUAAAAAUAAGUGAAAUGUUCCUUGGACCCGUUCCGUCUGAUUUUCAAUUUCUUCCAAAACACAAAGCGAAUUCUUACUCUUAAAAUGGAAACCUCUUAAGAAUUCAUGGCUGUGGAACGUUGAAUUAUUCCUUAGUAGAUGUGGUAGAGAACGUUGAUGGAUAUGAUUGUAAAUAGUUAAGCAUCAUUUUGCCAUGUGUGAAAUGAUAAACACAAAACCUAAUAAUCUUUUUGCGUGUA